GUGUCAUGAUGACGAUUGGGCGGAGCUAAGCUACAUUUGUUAUGGAAGAUGUCAUUCGCAGGAGCUAUGAUAACUGCGUCAAAGUCAAAAAUAUUGAGCCUCGCCAGGUAGAGUGGAUUAUCCGCAUGUCAUUGAUAUAAAUAGAUGUCCCCUUGGAAAAUAAAUCCUGUUUAGUGACGUUGAAAUGCUUCGUGCUUAUUCUUUGCCAAGUUAUUUGUAACCUAGCCGUUCAUGCUAAUGUAGGCAGCUAGCAGCAGUGUCAGUGUGUGUCUCAGUCCCCUUGCUGUCCUGUGACCCAGUGUUUAUUUUCUACAGGGCGUCUACUCUUCUGAUCAACUCCAGUGUGGGCCACCGGCUAAAUACUAACCCCCUAACCCCCCACACAGCGGGGAUCCGGCGUUUCAGCAGCGCCUCAGUACAGGACAGGGCAGCGGUGUCAAAUCUAUCUGAAGAUAAAGUCCACUUAACUGAGUCAUGUGUGAAGGUGAGUGAGAAGCAAAGUGAGGAGAAAGACACUGAAUGGUAUUCAGCAACUGUGUUUCUUUGUGUUGACUCAUUUAGUGUGCUUCUGCUCCUUAUCUACAAAACCCAAUUCCAAUGAAGUUGGGAAGAUGUGUAAAUCAUAAAUAAAAACGGAAUGCAACGAUUUGCAAAUCCUUUUCAAUCCAUAUUCAAUUGAACAUACUACAAAGACAACAUAUUUAAUGUUCAAACUGAUAAAAUUUAUUGUGUUUUUGCAAAUAAUAAUUAACUUAAGAAUUUGAUGGCAGCAACACGUGAAAAAGAAGUUGGGAAAGGUGGCAAAAAAUACUGAGAAAUUUGAGGAAUUCUCAUCAAACACCUAUUUGGAACAUCCCACAGGUGAGUAGGCUCAUUAGGAACAGGUGGGUGCCAUGACUGGGUAUAAAAGCACCUUCCCCAAAAGUUCUCAGUCAUUCACAAGCAAGGAUGGGGCGAGGUUCACCACUUUGUGAGCAACUGCGCGAGCAAAUAGUCGAACAGUUUAAGAACAACGUUUCUCAAAGUACAAUUGCAAGGAAUUUAGGGGUUUCAACAUCUACGGUCCAUAAUAUCAUCAAAGAUUCAGAGAAUCUGGAGAAAUCACUGUUCGUAAACGGCACGGCUGGAAACCAACAUUGAAUACCCGUGACCUUCGAUCCCUCAGGUGGCACUGUAUCAGAAACCGACAUCAAUGUGUAAAGAAUAUCACCACAUGAGCUCAGGAACACUUCAGAAAACCACUGUCAGUAAAUACAGUUCGUUGCUACAUCUGUAAGUGCAAUUAAAACUAUACUAUGCAAAGUGAAAGCCAUUUAUCAACAACAUCUAGAAACACCGCCGGCUUCUCUGGGCCCGAGUUCAUCUAAGAUGGACUGAUGCAAGUCCACAUUCUUGGAAAUAGUGGAUGUCGUGUCCUCCGGGCCAAAGAGGAAAAGAACUAUCCUGUUAUCUGUUAUCGACGCAAAGUUCAAAAGCCAGCAUCUGUGAUGGUAUGGGGGUGCAUUAGUGUCCGAGGCAUGGCUAACUUACGCAUCUGUGAAGGCAAAAUUAAUGCUGAAAGGUACAUACAGGUUUUGGAGCAACAUAAACCAUCCAAGCAACGUCUUGUUCAUGAACGCCCUGCUUAUUUAAGCCAGACAAUGCCAAGCCACAUUCUGCACGUGUUACAACAGCGUGGCUUCGUAGUAAAAGAGUGCAGGUACUCGACCGGCCUGCCUGCAGUCCAGACCUGUCUCCCAAAUGUGUGGCGCAUUAUGAAGCGUCAAGCCAUGAAAUUCUGAGUUAAGUAUUAUUUGUAGAAAAAAAAAUAAAGUUGAUGAGUUUGAACAUUAAAUAUCUUGUCUUUGUAGUGUAUUCAAUUGAAUAUAGGUUGAAAAGGAUUUGCAAAUUAUUGUAUUCUAUUUUUAUGUACAUUUAUCACAAUUUCCCAACUUCAAUGGAAUUGGGUUUUGUAUCAUGUUCAUAUCCCCCCUUUUUAUCCCAGAGACUAGGAGAGAUCAUGGAGAAAGGAGAGUACCUGAGGAUUCAUGUGGAAGGAGGAGGCUGCUCUGGGUUUCAGUACAAGUUUUCUGUUGUCAGUAAGAAGAAUGAAGAUGACAGGUAAACUUCCAUUUAGCCAGUUGACAAGCUUUCGUUUCAAGCUGUACCCACUAUUUUCCUAAAUGUCAUUAAUCCAAUCAACAUUGUUCUCUCCCGCUUUCCACCUUUUCUGCAUUUCAGGGUGUUUGAACAAGGAGGGGUGGGCAUUGUUGUGGAUCAGGACAGCCUGGAGUUCGUGAAAGGUGCCACUUUGGACUUCAGCCAGGAGUUGAUACGCUCGGCUUUCCUAGUGCUCAAGAAUCCUCAGGCUGAUCAUGGCUGCUCCUGUGGCAGCUCCUUCUCUGUCAAAUUAUAACAUUACUUCACUGUGUUUAUGUCACUUAAUAUCUUUAGUUACCAGUUCAGUGAAAUCUAUGAGACAUCUAUCAUUAAAAUGCAAUAGAGUUAUAAAACAUCUCUGACAAAAGGUCAAUAAAAUAAAGUCAGGAGCUUAAGUUAGAUCAUUUCUUUGGAGGGUUGUCAUCUGGGAAUGCCUUUAAAAAAAAUAGGUGUAUUACUGAACUGGUAACUCUUGUAGUUUUUAUAUUCCAUUUCAUUUCACAUCACUCACAUCUGGCAAGACAAAUUGCAGUAAUGCUAUUUUCCAGCAGCAUAAUUAAACUGUGGUGUCCAGUAUUUAAAAAAAAAGCCAUAAUUGAUGUAUUCAGAGAUAAGAUUUGCCUUUGAGUGUAAAAAUGUAAAUAAAUCAUAUCUAUAAAUAAAAAGAACAAAGCUUUAUUGAAUUUGUGUGAUCAAAUUAAAAUUGAUUUUUUUGUGUGCCCUCUCUCAUUUUAUUGUAUGCAAAUCAGCAUGUCAAUGGAGUCAUCAUGUUACUGAGAUCACAUGUUGCACUCUUGAUCAGAUUAGUGUUGGAGGAGCAGCUGUGAAGUGUUUCUAUUUUCUUAAGUGAAAAAAAAAGUAAUUUCACUCUAAAAUAUAAGAACCUAUCACUAUCUGUUUUUACAUAUCACUCAAAGGUGUCAAACCCAA